AUGGGUAAACCAGCCUACAUGUACACUGAUUCGGAAACUGAAGAAACAUCAUGUAGUUCGGUUGCUUCGGAAAAUUUUAAGAAGAGGAAUAAAUUUUCCAUACUAAAGUACAAUAAUAGCAACGUGAAGAAAAAGAAAUGUAAAAUCCAUAGCAAGUCUGAACCCGAGGAUUCAGAUUAUAGAAGCAGGAGCCGCAGCAGAGUCAGAUACAGGCUGCCAGGCAUACUGAAGCAUAGUGAAGUCAGGGAUUCGUCCGACGACGAAGACGAUAGCGAGCCAGUUGCCAAGCCCUACAGUCAGUCCAGGUAUCUCGUGGGACGUGUGCCUCGUCCCGCUGGAGCAAAACCAGGCCGGGGUGGAGGUGUGGCUAUCAUCAUCAAGAAGAAUGUUGGUAGUGUACCAACAGCCCCCGUGCCGCAGAUUUCGAGUACACAUACUAAAAAGAAAAGUUGGUGCCGACGUCUUUCAAAGAAAAGGUCUUAUUAA